AUGCCCAAGGUAGAGCCUGGCACUUUAAUCAAGGUCAGCUCAGUUAUACGAGAGCGGGGUUUUGAUGCCAUUAGUGCAUGCCGCAUCAGCGUGACAACCUUUUCGGGACUGCACAUGAAGAAUCCCAUGACCCCUUGGGGUGGGUUGAUUUCAGCAGAUGCUCGGUCGCUAGCCCCUUGCACCACAUCGCCAACGUGCAGUGCUGACCAACCUACCCUCAUGCAUGCAGUGCAUAGUCCCUUACUGGUGUUUCUAGUACUACCCCCCCUUUCUCACCUCUACUCGAUAUGGCAAUAUUUACUUUCCUGGAUUCUUAUCAUCAUUCGUCGUACUAACACCCCCUUGCUCUCCUCGUCUCUACACCUUGAAUGUAUAUACCUUGUCUCUCAAUACACAAUACCAUGA